UGGUUAUUCCUGAUGGCACAUCAGAGAAGGCAGGGUUUGGAGAUGAACUGGGAAGUGAAGAGGAUCUCCUGUACGAAGAUUUUCGUAGUUCUGGACAUCGUUUUGGACACCCAGGAGGGGGCGGAGGGGAGCAGCUAGCCAUCAAUGAGCUGAUCAGCGAUGGCAGUGUGGUGUAUGCUGAGGCGCUCUGGGACCAUGUCACCAUGGAUGACCAGGAGCUUGGCUUCAAGGCUGGUGAUGUCAUCGAAGUAGUGGAUGCCACGAACAAGGAGUGGUGGUGGGGUCGCAUCAUGGACAGCGAGGGCUGGUUUCCUGCAAGCUUUGUGCGGUUGCGUGUGAAUCAGGAUGAGCCAAUGGAGGAGUAUCUGGCCCACCUGGAGGAGGUGCACACUGGGGAGAAGGACCAGGCGGCUCUAGGCCUGUUAUUGGGGCCUGGUUUACCCUGCAAAGAGCAGAUGAGGACCAACGUUAUCAAUGAGAUCAUGAGCACAGAGAGAGACUACAUCAAGCACCUGAAGGACAUCUGUGAGGGUUAUAUAAAACAGUGCCGUAAGAGAACAGACAUGUUCACUGAGGAUCAGCUUCGAACCAUCUUUGGCAAUAUUGAAGAGAUCUACCGAUUCCAGAGGAAGUUCUUGAAAGGCCUGGAGAAGAAGUUCAACAAGGAGCAGCCGCACCUCAGCGAGAUUGGCUGCUGCUUCCUCGAACAUCAAACAGAUUUCCAGAUCUAUUCAGAGUACUGCAACAACCACCCCAACGCCUGCAUCCAGCUCUCUAAAUUGAUGAAAGUCAACAAGUACGUGUUCUUCUUUGAAGCCUGCCGACUACUCCAGAAGAUGAUCGACAUUUCCUUGGAUGGCUUCCUGCUCACUCCGGUUCAAAAGAUCUGCAAGUACCCACUGCAGCUGGCUGAGCUGCUCAAAUACACCAACCCACAGCACAGAGACUACAAAGAUGUGGAAGCAGCCUUAAACGCCAUGAAGAACGUGGCAAGGCUGAUCAAUGAGAGGAAGCGGCGCCUUGAGAAUAUUGACAAGAUCGCCCAGUGGCAGAGCUCCAUAGAGGACUGGGAGGGUGAAGACAUCCUCAGUAGGAGCUCUGAUCUCAUCUUUUCAGGGGAGUUGACCAAGCUGUCUCAGCCUCAGGUCAAGAGUCAACAGAGAAUGUUUUUCCUUUUUGACCAUCAGAUGGUGUACUGCAAAAAGAAGCUCCUGGCGGCAGCAAUUUAUCAUCGCUUCUCUCUCACAGAGGUCCAGAAGAAACAGGCCAUGUUGAAUGCCUGUAAAAGCCAUCCAGCUGGAAAACCCAAAGCGGUGACCAGGCCCUACUAUGACUUCCUUCUGCGACAGAAACACCCCUCCCUCCCCACAGCUUUGCCCCAGCAGCAGGUCUUCAUGUUGGCUGAGCCCAAGCGCAAAGCCUCCACCUUUUGGCACAACAUUGGGAGAUUGACACCCUUCAAGAAGUAAAAAAAAAAAAGAUGACAGAAAUGGAAAGCUGUGGAGAAAGAAAAAGAGGAGGAGAAAGAGAAGAGCUCUCUGCUCGUGCCUGAACAGACCCUUUUUAAUUCCUCCUCCUUCAUUUCCGAGCGUUAACAUUGCCCUAAUUGAUAUACUGAUUUAUUGUAUAGUUAAGGAUGAUUAUGAUGAUGGGGAGAUUAUUUUUGAAAGCACUUUAUAGGUUGGUUAACAAUCAAACUUGAGAAUGGUCUCCUGGAGACACUGAGUCAAACAGGGAGCAUGGACUCUUGCUUAACUUGCUACUAUACCUUCAGUCAAGCGCAAACUGGUACUAAUACUACUACUGUACUGCUGCGAGCGAGCGUGGGACUCCUGACUGUGCUGCCUCUGUGAAGAUGUUGCCUGUCGACAAAUCCAUGUCGUUCAUUUCCACUGUUCUUAUGUUUUAUGAUUUGACAGAUGCCAACUGUUCGCAGUGCCAGAUGAUUUGUUUUGUAUUUGUUUGUUCUAUGUCUGCUUAUGAAAAAAAGGGAAAACGAGGAAGGAGAUAAAGUUUCUUGUGCUUUUUUCUGUGCAAAUAUAUAGUUUUGGGAUCAUUUCAGCUGGGUUUUGAAGUGUUUUGUGAUCUCCAUCCACCGGGAUAUCUUUCUGUAUUUCUCUGGUGCAUUUGUGGUAUUGAGCAAACAAUUUAUAAAAAUAAAAAACAUAAAUGCAGCCCAAAGAAGAUUCAACUCAUUACAGAUAAGGAGCUUUUUUAUUCAAACAAACAGCAGCAACCCACACUUUCCAGCAACACACAUUCCUCGAGUCUGAUCCUCGACUCUUCCUCAUACCUACCAUGUCAAUGAAAGUAAACAACCUAUUCUUUCUUUUUUAAUUUUUUUUAAGUGCCAUUUGAAGUGUGCCAUGGAUGACUUACAAUGACAUGCAUGGAUGUGAUGAAAACUACUGUGAAGUUUAUUUUUUGUAUCUUUGAAGAAUCCAGCUAUAUUUAACCAGAUUCAGGAAACUGAUAUUGUGCUACUAGGCUGACAGCAUCUCUCUCUCUCUCUCUCUCUCUCACAUUUACACACAAACAGACAGUUAUGUAUCUACCUGUACUUCUGAUAUCCAGUAUCCCUGCUCUGUGUAUCUGGUCUCCGGUAUAAUCUCUUUUCAAAUCAAUGCAGCCCAGUAAUAUGACUCUGUAAGUGCAUUCAGUGAAAUGUACUCCUCUCACCUUUAUGUUCCAAUGUUUUAGCUUCUGACAAUAUGGAAUAUUAAACA